UUUUAAACAUAAAAUUGCACAGAUCAAAGUAGAACUCUCCUGUGACUUCCUCACCUCAAGGGCCUGUGUUCAACAGAACCGAUCCCAGUUCCCAGCCAGUUGCGUAUACUACUGAAGGAAAAUGAACAUACUGAACAGCCACCACUUUUUGUACUUUCUGCCUACCACACGCCUUGUCAUCUUAUUAGCAGCUUUGACAACUGCUAAGGAUGUGACUAACAGCACUUUCAACCACACUGAGAUGAACGUGGGAUCUGUGCCUGUGGUGAUCUCCCGCAUCGACCAUGUUAUAGUCAAGGAGGGGAGUAGUGCCUUGAUCGACUGCAAUGUCCAAGGUAGUCCUAGUCCACAUUACAGAUGGUACAAUUCCAACGGCCACCUUCUCCAAGAGGAGGAGAAUAAAGCAGGAAAAUGGUGGUUUCUUGACAAUGGGCUACUAAACAUUACCAGCGUGUCUUUUGAAGACAGAGGUAAAUACACGUGUGUCGCAUCUAAUACAUAUGGCAGUGUUAACAAUACUGUGACACUGAGGGUUGUUUUUACCUCCGGUGAUAUGGGAAUCUAUUACAUGAUUGUCUGCCUUGUAGCUUUUACCAUUGUUAUGAUACUGAACAUUACUCGGUUAUGUAUGAUGAGCAGUCAUCUGAAGAAAACAGAGAAAGCAAUCAAUGAAUUCUUCAGAACAGAAGGGGCAGAGAAACUCCAGAAAGCCUUUGAGAUUGCAAAGCGUAUCCCAAUUAUCACUUCAGCCAAAACACUCGAGCUUGCCAAAGUAACCCAGUUCAAGACCAUGGAAUUUGCUCGCUAUAUUGAAGAGCUUGCUCGAAGUGUACCUUUGCCACCUCUCAUCAUGAACUGCAGGACUAUAAUGGAAGAAAUUAUGGAGGUUGUCGGUCUGGAGGAGCAAGGACAGAAUUUCGUACGGCAGACAGCAGAAGGCCAGGAAACCACUGAUACAGAUGAGCUGUAUAUGAUUCCGAAUGCUUUGAAGCGUAGUGACUCUCCCACAGCUGACUCUGACGCAUCGUCACUGCACGAGCCACCUCAACAGAUUGCAAUAAAAGUGUCAGUUCACCCAUUGUCCAAAAAGGACUGCAUGGACGGUCAGUCACAAGAAAGCAUGCAGUUGGACACCAAGGAAGAAGACACUCCUCAAACACCAGCACUUCCUGCAGAGCCCCCUCCUGAGCCUUCUGCUGAACUCAGUUCUGAUGACACAGCAUUGGCAAAUGACAAAAAUACAUGCAUUAUAUAUGAAAGCCAUGUAUGAUAGUUACUACUGAAUCUAUGCAUAGCAGGAAAAUCAGGUGGAGCUCUUUUAAAUAUACAUAUUGUACUUGCCGCUAAGCCUUACCUGGAGACUAUCAUAGCAAAAGCAUGUAUGUGGAUUAUUUGGCACUUUCUUCUCAGUUUGACUUUAGUUUACCAUGAUGUAUGGCAGAGUAAUUGCUAUUACAUUAAUAUUAAUUGCUCUUUUUGAUUAGGAGUAUUUCCAAGAAACAUUUACCUCAGCAAUUUCUAGGUUGGAGCCACCCGUAGUGGCCUCCUGGAAGUCAUUGGUAGUCUUUGAUGUAGGACACUUGAACUUACUAAACAUAAAACUGGUUUUCAUUUUCCUCCUUCACCCUCGUUAUUUCCAUCUAUUGCAUUUUUGCAAAUAUUAUCUUGUGAAUUUGAAAUAUUGCCCAAGAGGCAGCACUCUAGUAGCCAAAUAAAAUCCUAAUAGAUCCCAUUUACAAAGCCUGUUUGCUCAGCUGCAUUGUGAUUUAGAGGGCUAUUAAAGAAAGUUAAAAUGUUUCCAUUUCAUUUGAGACCACACUGCUUAGGCACAUGGGAAAUAGCUUUCCCUUUUCCAUGGAAUGAAGAUGCCAAUAAUUGUUUUUUUCACAUCAAGAAACAACUUUGAGGUGUAUUUUGCAGAUGGGAAACCCCAUAAACAUCUUACAGAAAGUUCCAGUCCAACAGCCCUGCAGAGGUUUUUUGAAUAUAUUUGACCAUUUUUUACUUUGCCAGAAGUUUAUAUGGAAAACAGCAGCAAAUAUGCAAGAUGUCUUGUUUUGUAGUAAUUUGGUAGGAGUAAGUAUGCACUACUUUACCAGAAGAUACACAGGUUCCUUAACAGUCCUGCAAAUGCCCGUAAUCAGCUGAUGACAAGGCUGAAAUGGCACAAGAGCCUUUUAUUGGGAUUCUCAAUUUUGUGCAGAUUCAUAUUCUGAAGAUCAAUCCUAAAUUCAUGUAUAAGCAUAAGGCUGAGAGUGUUUCAUCCAAACUAAAAAAAAAAAAAAAAAUUAUAAUCAAGUGUCCUGUGAAAUUACAAUGACGAUCACACAAACUAUUUACUGUGUUAUAAUUGCUUUGGUAUUUUAAGAACCUCCUACCUAUGUAGGAUGUUCACUGCUUGAGUACAUGUGACUCUACCCCAGUAAAGCUUUAAUGAUCACAGUGACUGUGGCAUUAAAAAGGAUCAACAUUUAUGCCAGGAAAUGCCAGGGGUGGAAGGGAAGUGAUAAUUUCUAUUGCAGACAGACAAUAAAAUGGACCUUCUCCGGAGUGAGGCUGGAAAGAAAGCACUUACAAGGAGGAAUUUGUGUAGGAUUAAUAGCAUAUUACUUAGUUACCUGACACACAUUUAAUUUGGAACUAAUGAACAACCUAUCACCUUGCAGUUUUUAAUACGGAAUGUAAGUAUAGAUACUCAAAAUAAAUCUGGAAUCAAGUAUAUUGCAGAAAAAGAAGUCACUUAGGUCUAUGGGGAGAAGAUGUGUGGAUGGCUCUCUGGACAUUUUAUUGACGUAGCCACAUCUACAUAAGGUGUCCAUUGGAGGCAAUCAGGUAUAUUAACUGCACAGGUAAUUGAGGCCAAACAAAGUCAAUGUUGCAGCUAUCUAAAAAAAAGCUUGAUAAUGAACUGAGGUCUUAUAUCAACUUCCUCAUGUUAAAGUGCAGAGCUUCCCUAGCAGUGUAAUACAGGAACACCCCAUGACUUAUGGAGGUGAUGCAGAGAAGGCUCCGUAUCCUUUCUAUGGUUAUUAAAAAAAAUACAUGUUUAAUAAUGGACUUCAGAUUUUACGACCAACUUGUGAAAAUGACAGCAUUUAGUUGCCUAAUAUUUGUUUGUGUUCACCACAGUGGCAGGCAUCUAUAUAAAAUGCAUUUGCACAUGCUCUAAAGGAAACAUGCAAGGGCAAAGUCCCUUUAGGAAUGUGGCUGGAAAUAUUUUAGUUCCAGCAAAGCAAUAUAAAUCUAGAACACAGGGUAGAUUAAGAGAAUACCAUAAAGAACCUCACUUCUGACCAGUGCGAUUGAAAAUACUACUGAUGUAAACUGUUAACUUCCUGUCUGAGUCUUAAGUACAUUUCUGUUUAGUGUUCACAUCAGUUUUUCAAGUUACUUAAUUUGCUUCUGGUGUGAAAAAGGACAAGGGCAGAAACAAAAGCAGGAACUUGCACUAAAUUCUUUUAAUUCACCUUAACCUCCUGAAAAGAGGGGGAUCUUGAUUUUUCUGCCUGUCCAGCAUUUACAAACAAUGCUCAUGCAUUCUAAAAUUACCUGCCUGGUGCCCAGCUAAGAUUACACAGAUGAGCAAGGAUGUUCUCCUUGAAAGCAUAAAAAUAACUUCUAAAUUACACUUUAAAAAAAAGAAAAAAGGAGUUUCAAAAUUAUUU